GUGUAUGUAGUAUCUGUAUAAGUAUAUGAUCCAUAACGACGCGGUCAUACCCUCCGGCUCCGGCUCCAUGAACUCCCAACACGGAGCUCAACUUCAGCCAUUACUAUUGCCUGAUUUAAAGGAGACUGGUAAAGAGUUAGGUCGUGGAGCUUAUGGUGUUGUUACUGAAGUAAUAGUUAGUGGAACAACCUGUGCUGCUAAGAAGCUUCAUGAUACUAUUGUGCAGGAUCAUAAUUUAAAGAAAUUUAGUGAUGAAGUGCUUCUUCACAGUCAGCAAAGGCAUCCUAACAUUGUCCAGUUAAUUGGUGUCUAUUAUCCUCCUCGUUCACAAUUACCAAUGUUAGUAAUGGAGUAUCUUCCUUUAUCACUCACACAAUGUCUGGAGAGAGAAGAGCUACCACUUCAAAUGAAGUAUUCUAUUCUUCUUGAUGUUGCUAAGGGUUUGUGUUAUCUUCAUGGUAAACGUCCUCCUAUUGUACAUCGUGACCUCACUGCUAAUAACGUGUUACUGACCUCUUCAUACUCAGCUAAGAUAUCAGAUCUAGGAGUAUCAAGAUUAGCCGAUACCUUUAAAAAGGAUCACCUCACUACAGCACCUGGUAAUGCUAUGGUAAUGCCACCAGAAGCUCUUGAAGAUAAUCCGGUAUAUGAUCACAAGUUAGAUGUAUUCUCUUAUGGUUGUCUCAUUCUUCAUGUACUUACUGGUCAAUUGCCUAAACCAACUGACCAGUCUGUACAAGAACCAGAUAGGGUGAAGUGUUUAAAAAAAGAACCGGAGUGGAAUAAAAGAUCAAGCUACACCAAAAAAAUUCCGAAAGAGAAUGAGCUCCUUCCUUUUGCUAAGCAAUGUCUUCAUGAUGAUCCUACUGGUAGACCAGAAAUGAUUGAAUUUCUUCAGUUUAUUCAGCAAAUUAUCUCUAAAUUUCCAAAAAUGAAAAACAGGUCAGUAUUAGAAAAAGAACUAAAUGAUGCAAUUCAAGAAAAAGAGGAAGCUGAAAAAAAGCUAGACGAAGAAAAAAAAGUAGCAGAGAGAAUUAUUCGAGAAUUAAGAGAAGAAAAUGCUGCUAAUAAAAGAGAAAAUGAAGAUUUAAAGAAUGAAAAGGAACAAAUGACAACAGAUUUAAAAACUUUAUCAUCACGAGUCACAGGUCUACAAAAUGUUCUUUCAUUGAAGGAAAAGAAAUUCAAUGAUUCCACUCAAGUGCUAAAGGAAACCAUCAGAAGCAGAGAUGAACAACUAGUUGCGCAACAACAAGACAACAUGGAUUAUCAGCUCUCGAUCUACUUCCUGCAAGACUAG